AAGGACAAGUCUAGGCCAUCUAUUAUUCGUCGGCUCUGGCCCGACGCCACAGUCCGACCCCAGUCCUACUUUUUAUACGGACGGCCCUUCCAGCAAACCCCGAUUGGCACGUCGGUAUUACUGCAAUUCAAUUCUGCAGAUCUAGUUUCUGUCUAGGUUGCAAUUUUAUGUCUCUGCAGAGCGGGCAUCCCCCGUCUUGACAUUGUACUUGCAGUAGGCUGUCGACAUACGAUGCUGAGGUGAUCCACUCCGAUCGAUUCCUUUGGUCCCUGGCUCCAUCACUGAGUGCUGUCCCUGAGUCUACGUGGAAAGAUAUCGUCGCCAAAUCCUGUCUGAACGUCAAAUUUCCCUUCAUUUCCCGUUGCGUUCCAGGCCAUUUCGUGUACUCGUUCUAUCUAUCUGCCCUUCUCUCUUAUUUCUGCCCAUCUAUGCCUUAAUCGCCAUAUCAGACGAUCGUUAAAUAUGGCAAGCGUUACCUACAUUUCCGCCCUCUCCGAGGCCGAAUACGGCUGUGAACAUUUGGCAGCUGUGCUGAAGGGGGAUGAAACAACUGCUGGCCAGUUCAAGGACCGUUUCAUGAAGAUACACAAGUCCCUGGAACCGCAACUGAAAAACGUUACGGCUUCUGCUCCCAAGACUGCAUUUGUUCUCAAGCCAAAAUAUACUUGCUUGGCUUGCUCUGAGCCAUGCGUCAAUGGCGAUCGAAAGAUCCAUACCGAGAAAACUGGACAUCAGUUCUACAUUGAAGGGAGAACUCGUUCAAUAUUUUGCCAAAUGUGUGGUGAUUUCGUGUAUGACUAUGGUUUAGAACGUCUACGCUCACCCACAGCCAGUGUUGUCUCUCAAGUUUCCAGUAAGAGAGACUUGACUGAAGCGUCAUAUGACGAGGUCUAUGUUCGGAACAACGCCAACAAGCGACCUUGUUCCAAACAGGGAGCGAGAGGAUUGUACAACAUGGGACAGACCUGUUAUCUGAAUGUGAUCUUGCAGAGCAUGCUUCAUGACCCGAUACUAAACACUUAUUUUCUUGGCAACAGUCACCAACCCCACGACUGUUCCCUGCCGGAUUGCGUUGGGUGUGCUGUGGCUGAGACGUUUGCCGAGUUUAACAGUGGUGAGAAGGCCGAGGGGUUCGGGGCACUUAAUCUGCUUAUGGCUUCAUGGAAAUCAAGCUCAGCUUUGGCUGGCUAUCAGCAGCAAGACGCCCACGAAUACUAUCAAUUCCUUGUGGAUAAGCUGCAUGCCAGUACCGAUGGCCACUUGGAAGGUCACGAGAUGGGUUGUCCCUGCUUUUUCCACAAAGCUUUCUAUGGCAAGUUGCGGAGUAGCGUUACCUGCGACAAGUGUGGCAAUGUGACUCGGACCGAGGACCCGAUGAUAGAUCUGAGUCUCGAUGUUCAGAUCCAGGCAAAGAAACGUGCCAUGGGUGGAACAGGCCCAUCAACAGUCCCCACGCUCAACGGCUGUCUGGAAAGUUUUACGUCCCCAGAGAAGCUCAUGGCAGACGUGUAUAAUUGCAGUGGAUGCGGUGGGACGCCUCAGAAGGCUACCAAGCAGUUGCGGAUCAAAAAGCUGCCCGCUAUCCUAUGCAUGCAGCUGAAGCGCUUUGAACACACCUUUUCGGUCUCCGAGAAGGUCGAGGGAAGAAUCGACUUCCCCAUGUCAAUCAACAUGCUGCCAUUCACCACCAAUCCCAACUGCCAAAAGGUCGACAAGUCAAGAUACAUGUACGAUCUAUCAUCUGCUGUUGUGCAUAAAGGCAAACUGGAUGCAGGACACUAUUACGUGUACUGCCGCCAAGGCGACCAGUGGAUGCUGUUCAACGACGACCAAGUGACCGCGGUGACAGAAGCCGAAGUCCUCAAGGCAGACGCAUACCUGUUGUUCUAUAACCUCCGGUCACUGUUCGCUGGGUCCAAAUGAGUCCAACCAUCCUCCGGGUGUAUUCUAGCGCCUCUGAGAAGCAAGUCCAUCGAGCAUUUCAUUUCAGCGACCAGGAGUUUUUACCUUUUGGGAAGGCGUUGUUGGGCGUCAGAAGUUUAGUAAUCUACUUGCUUUUCCAUUGUGGUUGUGUUGUUCAAGUCUAGACUGUGUGGACGUGCUGGUUAUUCCCGACAAUUGGAAUU